CGUAAACGCAAUUCUAACACCACUACUAGCAAUCCGAUAAAAGACACACAAAUAAACCGCAAAAUAUUUUUAUUACACAAAUGCAACGAUAAUUAAUUAAGUGACAUAAAAACCCAAUAUUAUCUCACUGAACAAAUAAAAAAAAUUUAAAAACACAUUUGUUUGUAUUAUGUAAUUGCGCAUGCGCACACUAUUGACAGUUGAGGUUAUGUAAUGUUGACAAAAAUUUUGAAAAUUGUUGAUUUUGGUUGAAUUUGGGCAAUGGAUGAGCAAGCACGCACGAUUUGGUGUGGCAACCUAUCAGAGAAGGUGACCGAGGAGCUCCUAUGGGAACUUUUCUUGCAAGUGGCCCCCUUGGAACGAGUCCGGAUUCCCACCGAUAAAAGUGGCCGCAAGUCGUCUUAUGGCUUCGUCACAGUCAAACACGAGUGUUCAGUUAGUUAUGUUGUCCGUAUGCUCGACGGUACUCCACUUUACGACCGUCGAGUUAUAGUGAAACCGAAGGGACAAAAUCAGAGGGAUGCUCCCCAAGACAGGGGGCCCUACCAGCAACACAAUCGGGCCCCUCACCGACCAGUGCCCUACCAGAGAUACGAUAAUCACAAACAGAACUGGAAUAAUAAUUAUAGGAAUAGGAGGCGGUAUUAAAUAAAUUUUUUUGUAA